GUAGCAAUAACAUUACUAGCUAGUUAGCUAAACAUAUAUAAAUUGGAUCAGAAUGAGCCAAGAACAGCCCAUGAGGUCACAAGCCGAACAAGAGACCAUCAAAUCUGGGGACGUUCAAGGUGAGCAAGUGGUGGGACAAUCUUCAGCAGCGGCACUUGCCCAGAAUGAGACUACAGAUGUUGACACAGACAUUUCCGGAAAACAGAUGAUAACAGACUCAAUUGGUGGAGAGGCUCUUGUAAGAGACAAUCAGUCUACUUUUGUUUCACCAAAAAACAUUUCAAAAAAGGUGACCAUUACCAUUGGCGAAGCGCUGGAAGCUACAGCCCUUACUGCAGGUGACAAGCCAGUGGAUUAUGGUGAUGCGGCUGCAAUACAAGCGGCGGAGGUUAGAGCGACUGGGCGGACCAACAUAGUCCCAGGUGGUGUUGCCGCGGCUGCUCAAUCCGCGGCUUCUCGCAACGCUCGUGCUACCCGCGACGAAGAGAAAACCAAAUUGAGCGAAAUCCUCUCGGAAGCAAGUUCGAAGUUACCAUCUGAUAAGCCGGUGACCCGCAAAGACGCAGAAGGAGUGAUCGGUGCUGAGCUAAGGAACGACCCAAAUUUGUGCACUCGUCCAGGCGGGGUAGCUGCUUCUGUGGCAGCGGCAGCAAGGCUGAACAGCCAGAAAAGUGGCCUCAAGUAGAAAAUAUAAUAUGAAUUAAUCAUAUCCCCCCUACGUUUAUUAUUGAUAGAAUGAUGUAUUUGAGAGGGAAUGUGAAUAAACCUACCUGCCCAGAUGAGGAGAAGAUAAUGUGAGAUAAUUAUUAUUUAAAUUUGUAAUUAGUGUCCACCUCUUCCUAUAUAGGGAACGGAACGGAGGACUAAUAUAUACAUAGUUGUUUGUGGAUUAACUAAACUGUAGUGAUUACCUUAAUCACCACCAUUAAAUAUUUUAGUACUAGUGUUCUUGUGAGAUAAUCCAAGGUUAUGUUGUUCAUUAGUG